AUGGCGGACAAUCCAGAGAACAAUGCUCCUGGUGGAGAACAAAGUAAUUCAGAAUAUCAAAGCUACCAGAAUUACGGCGACGACCAAAGACAAGAAAAUAACAACCAAAAUUUGGAGCUUGAUAUGGCGCAUACUUUAAUCCAUCCGUCACCCGCUUCUCCAUUUCGAAUAUCGCCCGCUGUGGUACCAUGGACACAGCAGAUACAACAAAUGCAACAGAUAACACAAACGCAGAUACGAAUGUUGGAGGAUCAGGUACAACAGAUGCGUGCUCAAAUGCAGACGCAACAACAACAUAUUGAACAAAUUCAGCAGGCGCUAAAUACUAGAAACAAUCAUCAAAUGCGAGAUCGAGCAAGCACAGAAAGACAACAGCCUUCCAAUUUACCUGACAAGUCACAAGAUUCGCGACCAUCUCAGAUUACCAACACCGAAGAUGCCACUACAGAUGGCAGAACUGAAACACGAAAAGGAGUUGAUACUCUCGAAUCUGAAAGUUCUCCUCCCCUUCCACCGUCGAAUUUUUUAUUGUUGAAUGGGGCGCCCCACGCGGCAGAUGCUACCUAUUACACCACAGAGCCUAUAAUCGAGAGACACCCUUCUAGUGUGGAACAGAAGCGUGCAGGAGAGGAAGAAUUUGAAACCCGUACUGCCAAGAGACCUCGCCAUACCCAAGCGCUAGAAGACGUUGAUACUGCGGAGACCCAGAGGGAAGAAGAUACUCAAACUGAAGAUCAAGCCUCAUUAGAACGGCCACGUCGACGACAAGAAUUGACUCUGCCGCAACGCAUGAAUGCAGAUACUGAAGAACAGCAACGUCAACAAGUAAUCUCGGAAAACAACCAUCCAGAUCAAGUGGCAAGACGAGGUCCACUAGUUAUUAGCGAGUUUUUUAGAGACUAUCAACCAGUCCUACAAACAGGACCGCCACUCACUGGAUACCUUUCUCGAAAUCAAGAACCAGAAAAGCAACGAGGCCCACCAGCCUUUAGCUAUCUGUCUCAAUAUCAAGAACAAGAGCAACGACGAGGCCCACCAGUCUCGUUAGUAUCAAAAUCAAAUGAUAGAGGCCCAGAGCACACAGGCCCUAAUACGUAUCCUGGUGGUACGAUGGGCGCACAUGGCGUGUAUAAGAUUUGCCUCCGAUGCGGUGGAUUAGAUCAUCUGAGUUUUCAGAAGAUCUGUCCACAGCAUCCAAGAAACAAAAAAUAG